GGGUCCCAUGUGUUGGCAUUGUGUUUUGAAUGGAGCACAACAUAUUUCGGCAACGUGAGACGCGAUAUUUGGGGUGUAAAAAGGAACACCAUGUUCAGUGCAUAUCUCUGACAAUAAGUGUUUCCAGUUGGAGGUUGUUUUUGUUAACAAUUACCAAGUUAUCGACAGGAGGAGUGUGUAGUACCUGCUGAGCUCUCAUGCCUGUCAUCCUGUCAAUGUCGGGGAAAACAGGGAGCGGGGCCGCUUUAAUUUGGACGCCAUCCCCCUUGGCGGAGGAAAAAGGCGCACUUCUAUUGAAAAGGAGAUCACCCGGAGAGGAGUAACGCUGCUAUACGGUUAUGAAGUUUUAAGUGGAAGUCACUGUUGAGUUGUGAGCUUGGUCAGUAUUGCUGGGGAGCAUGAGGAAACCUGUGCCACAGAAAGCUAUAGAGUGGAAAGAUGCCAGACGGAUCAAGCAUGCCCGGAGUGGACGGCCCUCCCGGGUGCCCUCACAGUAUCAAGGUCAUUUCAGCUGGGAGAAAUACCUGAAAGAGACAGGUGCUACCGCGGCACCUUCUUCAUGCUUCAGACAAAGCCUCACACCUCCAGUCAACGAGUUCAAGGCAGGGAUGAAGCUGGAGGCCCAGGACCCGAGAAACACCACCUCCACCUGCAUCGCCACAGUGGUCGGCCUGACGGGCUCCCGGCUGCGGCUGCGCUUGGACGGGUCUGACAACAAGAACGACUUCUGGCGGCUGGUGGACUCGUCGGAGAUCCAGCCGAUCGGCAACUGUGAGAAGAACGGAGGCAUGCUGCAGCCUCCUCUGGGUUUCCGUCUAAAUGCGUCGUCCUGGCCCAUGUUUCUUCUAAAGACGCUAAAUGGAGCUGAGAUGGCACCGUCUCGCAUCUUUCACAAGCAGGAGCCUCCCGCUCCAGAGCAGAACUCCUUCCAGGUGGGCAUGAAGCUGGAGGCGGUGGACCGGAAAAACCCCCACUUCAUCUGCCCGGCAACAGUGGGUGCCCUGCGUGGUGUCGAGGUGCUGGUCACCUUUGAUGGCUGGCGGGGAGCCUUUGAUUACUACUGCCGCUAUGACUCGCGGGACAUCUUCCCCGUUGGUUUUUGCAACCUCACUGGAGACAAUCUUCAGCCGCCUGGAACCAAAGUAGUGUUGCCUAAGAGCCUCGGGGCCCUCACAGACGGGAGUGUGGAGAGCCCAGCCAUGCACCCCACCCCCACAGUGGGCAGACCUCAGGGUCAGAGAGGACGCAAGCCGGGCCGCAGGAAAACCAAGGUGACGGGACUGUGGGGCCAAAAAGGCUCUGCAGUGGUACCGCAGAGCAUCCCGGCGGGAAAAGGCCUGGAGCCCAUCAAGGUCCCCAAGAAGAGAGGGCCCAAGCCCGGCAGCAAGUUGGGCUGGGCGAAGAGAGCAGGCUGGCUGGAAGACGCCAUGGCAGGUCCAGGACGGCCGGUGACGGGCCCGGGGCGAACCAGAGGGAGACUGCCUGCCAACUGGGCACAGAGGAUAGCUCUGCAGCAGGCCCAGACUCCGGCCGAACCCAUCAAGAUCCCAAAGAAAAGAGGGCCAAAGCCAGGCAGCAAGAGAAAACCUCGUGUGGUACCUAAUCCAGUCCCCACGUCUCCCACCAGCAGCACCCCAGAGCCCGACACCAGCACUGUGCCUCUGGACAACGCCACCAUCCCAAACUCUGCACUACAGGCUCCCACAGUCUGCGUAUACCUUAACAAGUACGGCAAGGUGGGACCCCAUUUGGACCAGCGGCGGAUCCAGCAGCUCCCGGACCACUUUGGACCUGGCCGGGCCUCUUCGGUACUUCAGCAGUGUGUUCAGGCUUGUGUGGACUCGGCGCACAAUCAAGGCACAGUCUUCUCCUGCCUCAAGUCGGGACAAGGAGGGGAAGUCAUUUCAGCGUUCUUUGACAAGCAGCAGCGCACCCUCACCCUGCCCACAGUCAGCAGUGUCACCUAUGUGCUCCGCUUCCUGGAGAAACUCUGCCACAACCUUCACUGCGAUGCUCUCUUUGGCAGCCAGCCUGUGGCCAGAGGAGGCCUGCACUACGACAGUCACACAUACACUGCAGAGAGGAGAAAUUUUGCAGACAGUCUGCCAACAGGCCCAGGUCGAGGUACUAAGAGGUUCCUUCAGGACUUCAACAGUCCGCUGUCUCAGAAACUGUCCAAAAUCCCUCGGCACUCCAUUGACGGUGAGUCCUUCAUGGAGAGCAGCGUCACCGUAUCAGAGCACUUAAAGAAGAGCCCUCUUUCUCCAAAGCUGACGGUCCAAAGUCCUGGCCUGAGGUCUCCCUCCAAACUGCUGCAUCAUAACAACUCAACAGGCUCAGGCAGUUUCCGGGAGAGCCAGAGGCCGAGUGGUCAGGACCCCAACCUGUGGACAGUGGAGAACGUUAUGCAAUAUAUCAGAGAUAUUGACCCAGUGCUGGCCCCACAUGCUGACCUUUUCAGAAAACAUGAGAUUGAUGGCAAAGCGCUCCUGCUGCUGCGAAGUGACAUGAUGAUGAAAUACAUGGGCUUGAAGCUCGGGCCUGCCCUCAAACUCACUUUUCACAUCGAUAAGCUCAAACGUGCUUGAGGGAGUCAGACCAGCAGCCUUCCAAAGGACUAAACUCCGAGCCCAUCUCCAUCUCUAGGAUCAGUAUCUCAUGCACUGCAUAUCGGACUCACUCUGACCAUUUACAUGUAGCAGCUUAUAUCAGAGCACCAAAUCUGGUACAGUACACAGCCCUCUCCUCACCUCAUCCAAUGAGGAAUGUUUAUUUUGUGUAGCACAAUCCAGCCCUGAGGCAGCAUGGGAUACGUAGGAUCACCCACCUGUCCGUCAUCGGUUUUGCAUUUCACUAUAACUUGAAGUCAUAUGUGGCCAUUUCAACUGUAAAAGGCAUUUCUUGGCCUGCCUUUAUUAUGUUACACUUAAUCUGUACAUUUCAUAUUUUGUACGUAUACUUAUGGACUUGUAUUUUUGCCUUUUUCAAUGGUUUAUGUGGAGUAAGUUAAAAGAAAGAAACCUUUAAGGAAGAAAAGAAAACACUACAUUCAUCCCAGCAGCUGGGAAUGAUUCUUCUUUAUGUCUCUGUUUGAGGCACAAUUUUGCAAUGACAACAUUAACAAUGGGAGAAAGACUUGUUUUAUGAAAGGAAAAAAAAGAUUUUAUCCUGACGAUACUGCCAUGAGGAAAUCUGUUCCUGUUCUCUUGUUCUGGAUGUUGUUUACAAUGCCUUGUCUGGUCUAUGUUAUUUGUACUUUUUUAAUUUUUAUACUAUAUUAUUAGAGUUCCUACAAGGAGAGCCCUAUCAUACUUAACAUUGUUCAAUAAAUAUAUAAUAAUUCAA